UUUCAAGGUCAUUGUUUUAAUCUCGUUUCAUUUCCUAAAUUACGAAUAACUGUUUCCAGAUCCUAUUUAUUAUGUCACGUUGAAAACAGUUGAAAAGCGUUUGUCGAUGAGGAGCUGAAUAAUGCACAGUGUAAAGCUGUGAACAAAAUAAUACGAUUUAGAAAAAUGAUAAACAAAUUUUGAACAAUGUUAACAGUUCUUACUCGUACGAGUUAUUUUACUUCUCGUUCUUUCUUUCGGGCAUUGCAAAAUUGGCAACAAGUUAAAAUGAAAAAUGACCCGAUGCCACCGAGUCGAGAUGAUCCUGUUAUUAAAACAUUGGAUGACCCGUUAUUUAAAUCUUUAUUCACACCGGAACUUAGCAUCUUGUCGGGGCUAUUUAAGAAACACAAUUACGAAUUGAGAAUAGCUGGUGGUGCUGUUAGAGAUAUUCUGAUGGGUAUUAAACCAGUGGAUCUGGAUUUUGCGACCGAUGCUACACCAGAGGAAAUGAAGACUAUGUUCGAAGAAGAACAGAUUAGAAUGAUUAAUAAUAAAGGAGAAAAACAUGGUACAGUUACUUCGAGGAUAAACGAUAAGGUAAAUUUUGAAGUAACUACACUCAGAAUGGAUAUUCUUACCGAUGGUAGGCAUGCAGAAGUUCAAUUUAUAAAAGAUUGGAAACUGGAUUCUCUUCGUAGAGAUCUUACAAUAAAUUCCAUGUUUCUUGACUUGGAGGGACGAGUUUAUGAUUACUUUUUUGGUUAUGAUGACUUACAAAAUAGAAGAGUUGUUUUCGUAGGAAAUCCAACAACUAGAAUUAGAGAAGAUUAUCUUAGGAUACUCAGAUAUUUUCGUUUUUAUGGAAGAAUUGCAGAGCAACCAGAUGCUCAUGAUGAGGCAACAAUAGUUGCAAUAAAAAACAAUAUAAAUGGAUUGCAAAAUAUAUCAGGGGAAAGAAUUUGGAGUGAAUGGAAAAAAAUUCUUUCUGGAAAUUAUAUAAAGGAAUUGACUUUAAAAAUGUUGGAAUGUGGAAUAGCAAGAUAUGUCGCAUUACCAGAAUGUCCAAAUGUAACAAACUUUACUACUGUUUAUGAAAUAUCCAAAAAGCAUAAUUUUUCAUUGCAACCGAUAACUUUCCUUGCUGUAAUGUUAAAAGAUGAAUCCGAAGUACUCGCACUGUACAACAGACUAAAGACUUCUGCGUAUGAAAGAGACCUGGCAUUCUUUUUAGUUCGAUUCUGGGAAGAUGUACCAACAGAUGAUGUACUGAAACGUUAUAAAAGAAUUCUCAUUCAUUGGAAAGGGAAUAGAGAUAUCGGAAAGAGUUACAUUUGUGAAUUACUUAAAUGUAAACAACUUUUGGAUGUUGCUGCAGAGUUUGAAAAAGUUAGGAUACCCAGAUUUCCAGUUAACGGACAUAUGUUCAAGGGACAAGUUAAAAAGGGAAAAACGAUUGGUAUUAUCAUUAAAACGCUGAAAGAUAUUUGGUUGGAUAAGAAUUUUGAGAUAACUGCAGAGGAAUUAUUACAAGAAGUUCCACGAAUUAUUAACGAAAUAGAAGAUAAAUCGUAAUAAAUAAAAAGUGACAUGUUGGGAUUCCAUUUCUUCUCACGUAGGAUUGCUAGAUUAUCUGAGAUCCAAAGAUAUUUAUCAUCGCACUCGUCUAGCAAGAAAUUAUUGAAUAUUUUUUCACUGGAAGUUCUAUCUCCUGAAAACAUUUUAUUUAGUACCAACUGAAAUAUAUAAAACAUCACUUGUCAAUAUAUUUAAAAAAGUUAAGUAUAAAAAUAAAACUUUUAUAACGAA